AUGAAUAAUAAUUGGAAUCGUAACAACAUGCGCGGUUCCUAUAGAGGAGGAGGUGGACGUGGGUAUGGAAGAGGGAGGGGCUCUGGUGGUUUCUGGCCUUCUAGAGGCUUCAGAGGAUCAAAUUCCCGCUUUGAUCGAGGUGGUAGGAGUGGUCAGAACAUCGAUAGAAACGUUAGUAAUCAGUGGAAACCUAGACCUAAACCUGAAGCACCUUCUAAAAGGCUUUCUGAAAAAGACAUUUUCGUUACGGAGUAUGUCAGUGAUCAUGAAGGUUUUAAUGGAAUUAUUAAAUCCAGAUUCUCAGAUUUUCAAGUCUCCGAAAUAAAUUUGAAGGGGGAAGUUGCAAAAUUAACUGAUCUUUCACCACCUGAGGCUGCAAAGGAGGAUAAUGAAGUGGAAGAUGAUGAAGACCUCCUUUUUAAAAAAUACAAUCUUGAAAUAUUGCCUAUGGAAACUUGGGAUAAAAUCAACAAAUUGGCAAUUGCUAUUGAUUCAUCAUCUUUGGAGAAAGUCGAAAUAGAUGUUACGGGUAUGACAAAGCAAGAAAGGACUAAAAUACAUGAUGCAGUGAAGAAGGCAUUUGGUGAAAGCAUUGUCGGUAGCACUGUCACUGUUGAUGAUAAAAAGUUUGUGACUUUCGAUAAAUAUAGGAAAGGAGUGCGCAUCGACAACAGGGUGAAGUGGAUAUGGCCGGGCGAAUACGUACAUUUCAUUUUGUACAAACAGAACUUCGACACCAUGGAGGCUGCCUCACGUAUCGCAGAGCGACUCAGACUUACUAUAAGACCUAGUAUGCUUGGUUAUUCUGGCACCAAAGACCGAAGAGCAAAGACUUCUCAGUGGUUUAGUUUGAGGAAGGUGGACCCGAGAAAAAUAGCUCAAUGCAACGACUUGAGGGACAUUAAAGUGGGCAACUACAGCUUUGCAGAUCAUCCACUGAAAUUGGGAAUGUUGAAGGGCAAUGUGUUCAGGAUCUGUUUGCGCAACGUGACGGCGUCGGACGAGUGCGUGGACAACGCGUGCUCGCUGCUGGAGAAGAACGGCUUCAUCAACUACUACGGCCUGCAGCGGUUUGGCACCCGCGUCGAGGUGCCCACCUACGAGAUCGGCAGGAAGCUGUUGCAGGGGAAGUUUAGAGAGGCCAUCAACGCGAUCCUGGGCACGGCGGAGUGGCGCGGGCUGCGGCCGCACGCGCACUCGCCCGAGGCGCGCUUGCUGCGCGUGCUGACGCCGCGCCCCAACGACCUGCUCUCCGCGCUCGACAAGACGUGUACGGUCGGCCGCCAGCUGCCGCGCAACUCGCGGCUGCUGUACCUGCACGCGUACCAGUCGCUGGUGUGGAACCGCGUGGCGUCGCGGCGCCUGGCGGCCGGCGGGCUGCCGCGCGCGCCCGUGCCCGGCGACCUCGUCGCGCUGCACGACCUCGACGACCUCGACGACCUCGACGAUGAUAUUGACGAACACUCAGACGAAGAGGAUGAAGAAAACGAGGAAACAGAUAAAAAAGAAACAGAACAGAAAAAGAAAGAGAAGAAAAUACAAGAGGAGAAGAAGAAGCAGAUAGCAGUGAAAGUCGUCACUCAAGGCGAUAUAGAUAAUAAUAGUUUCACGAUUUUCGAUAUAGUGUUGCCGUUGCCCGGACACAGCGUUAUAUACCCGCCAAAUAUGAAGGAUUUCUAUGAAAGUGUAUUGGCGGAGGAUGGCUUGACAUUGGAUAUGAAACAUAAGUAUAAGAAGUACUCGCUGGCGGGCGGCUACCGGCGCGUGGUGGUGGCGCCGUGCGGCGUGCGCUGGCGGCCGGCGCGCUACCGCGACCCGCGCGCCGACCUGCUGCUCUCCGACCUCGACCGCCUGCGCGGCGCCGCCGACGCGGACGCCGGCCUCGUGGAAGAUGGCCCAUAUAAGGCGUUACUACUCACAAUGUCGCUACCCACAAGUUGCUAUGCGACCAUGGCGUUACGAGAAUUGCUAAGAGUGGAUACUUCCUGUGAUAAUCAAGCUUCGCAGAAUGAUUAUCACAAAACCGAUAAAAGGAUUCGGAGGAGAAGAAAUAAUAGCAAUAGAAGUAACAAGUCUGAUAGUAACAUUAAACAGAGUGAUAGUAACAUUGAUGAUCGUGAUAGUAACAUUAAUGAUCAUGAUGGUAACAUUGAUGAUCAUGAUAGUAACUCUGAUCACCGUGAUAGUAGCUAUGAUCGAAGUGAAAGCAUCGAAGAGAGUGCAGGAGAUAAAAGGAAGAUAAGUGACACUGAUGAAGCAGUUGAUAGUAAGAAAACUAAACAAGAUGGU